AUGGAUCAGAAGCCAGCAAAGGCUGAGGGCCAAGUUUUGGGUAUGCAAGAGCUUCUGCAGCCUGGGUUGGUAUCAGAGUGCGAUGCUCACAAUAGACACCGUGGACACCAGGAUCUGGUCUACAGGAUUGUAACUCCCGAAGCUGCCAGGUUGGCACUGCUUUGCUUCAAUAUCAGGAAGAAAAAGUCCUUCCAACCUUUCCUGGCCUUGCAAGACCCAGUGCCCGCCAGCUUUGUCUCUUCCCAGUUUUGCUCUGGCAGUUGUAAUGGAACACAGAUCUUGGAAAGUUUAUCAUUUUAUAACUUUCAUUUAAUCAACAUUCUCUUUAAUCUCCUUUUAGGCAGCCAAGGGCAGUUUCCACUAACUCAGAAUGUAACGGUUGUUGAAGGCGGAACUGCAAUUUUGACCUGCAGAGUUGAUCAAAAUGAUAACACCUCCCUCCAGUGGUCAAAUCCAGCUCAACAGACUCUGUACUUCGAUGACAAGAAAGCUUUGCGGGACAAUAGGAUCGAGCUGGUUCGCGCUUCCUGGCAUGAAUUGAGCAUCAGUAUCAGUGACGUGUCUCUGUCUGAUGAAGGGCAGUACACCUGCUCCUUAUUCACAAUGCCUGUCAAAACUUCCAGGGCCUAUCUCACUGUCCUGGGUGUUCCGGAGAAGCCGCAGAUUAGUGGAUUUUCAUCACCAGUCAUGGAGGGAGACCUGAUGCAGCUAACUUGUAAGACAUCCGGCAGUAAACCUGCAGCUGAUAUAAGAUGGUUCAAAAAUGACAAAGAAAUCAAAGAUGUAAAGUAUUUGAAAGAGGAGGACGCUAACCGGAAGACCUUCACCGUCAGCAGCACGCUGGACUUCCGAGUGGACCGUAGUGAUGAUGGAGUGGCGGUCAUUUGCAGAGUAGACCAUGAGUCCCUCAAUGCCACCCCUCAGGUAGCCAUGCAGGUGCUAGAAAUUCACUAUACACCAUCAGUUAAGAUCAUCCCAUCUACUCCUUUUCCACAGGAAGGACAAGCAUUAACUUUGACUUGUGAAUCUAAAGGAAAACCACUGCCAGAACCUGUUCUGUGGACAAAGGAUGGUGCAGAGUUACCAGAUCCUGAUCGAAUGGUCGUGAGUGGUCGAGAACUCAACAUUCUUUUCCUGAACAAGACGGACAACGGCACAUAUCGAUGUGAAGCCACGAAUACCAUUGGCCAAAGCAGCGCAGAGUAUGUCCUCAUUGUACAUGAUGUUCCCACCACUUUGCUUCCCACUACUAUCAUCCCCUCCCUUACCACUGCACCAGUAACAACCACUGUAGCCAUAACAACCAGCCCAAGUACAUCUGCAUCAAGCAGCAGCAGAAGAGAUCCUAACUCUCUGGCUGGCCAGAACGGCCCUGACCAUGCUCUCAUCGGAGGAAUAGUGGCUGUAGUUGUGUUUGUCACACUGUGUUCCAUUUUUCUGCUUGGCCGAUAUCUAGCAAGACAUAAAGGAACAUAUCUAACAAACGAAGCUAAAGGAGCUGAAGAUGCACCAGAUGCCGAUACGGCCAUUAUCAAUGCAGAAGGCAGCCAAGUCAACGCUGAAGAGAAAAAAGAGUAUUUCAUUUAA